GAGUCAACAUUUGACUUGGCAACCGUCUAUCAUCUUUAUUCCACAUUGUUUUCAUUGUUGUACACAAUAGUUGAGUUUUAAUUAAGGAUUUUUAACGCACUGAGUCUUUUUCCAGGCUAGGCCUAGGUCUAUUUCAAAUGAAAUCUUAACCUGCGGAACAGAAUGGAAGACGUAGAAAAAAUUACUGAAAACACAGGUAACAUCAGUAUUGCUAAGAAGAAAAAGAAAAAAAUCAAAAAGUCCAAAGACCUUCAGUUACAAGCACCUAUAAAGGAUACAGAUGACCCGAAAGAGACUAUGAAAAAAGAAACUGGGGUCAAAUCAAAUGAUGGAGAUAAGAAUAAGAAGAAAAAAGAAAGAAAAAGAAAAGCAAUUGAAGAAUUGAAGGACAAUGAUAAACAAGAAAGAACAAAUAUUCAACAGAAGUCAAAGAAAAAGAAGAAAAAAAAGUCCACAAAACCUAUUGCAGAAACUGCUGAAGAAGAAGCUGUUGAAAGUAGAGCAAAACAAUUAGCAAUACAGUACCUACAGCAGUGGAAACACUUCCGAAAUGUUUGGUCAUUUCAAAAAGUGCGGCAAGUGUGGUUGCUAAGGAACAUGUAUGAUGUUGAUAUGGUUGAUGAUGAGGUGUUUGAGAUUUUGAUAGAAUAUCUGGAACCGUUGAAAGGUAUGGCGAAAACAACAACCCUCCAGAAAGCUGAGCAACUGUUGAAAGACCAGGAACAGAGUGACAGCGAGCAAGAAGACACACACACAAAAGAGGAAACAGAUGUUCAAAAGAGAGCAAAGUUAACAGACAAGCAAUUGGACCGUGUGCGACAGGUUAUGCAAAUUUUAGUAUGAGAAAUUACGUGAUGGAGCAUCAUUUAAAAUUACCAUGGUAACCAUAUGAGGAUUGCCAUGCCAAAAUGAGCAUCAGUGACCAAAACAAGAAAAUUGACUUUAAUAUAUUUAUAUUCUCCACAUUAUAAACUUUAAAUUGAUAGGUCAUUUAUUAUUAAUAAUUGUAAUCAUUUUAUUACAAAUUAAAUACAUUAAAUUUUAUGGCGAGUUAAAUGGUCGAGCGGUUAAGGACUAUACCAGUGGUACACAAUUUGGCUUAUGUGUACUUUAAAAAAAAACCAGUACCUCUUUUGAGAUGAGUUAGGGGUUACCCUGUGGUUACCGCAGUGUACUGGCCCAUACAGCCUCUGUUGUGGACAGACAAAUACUAGUUUACCAGGUAACUCAGACAUGAAGAGACCGUUAGGGGAGAAUAAAGUUAUUGUAUGAGCUUAGCUAGCCUACAACUCGAGCUGUGAGAUUCUGGUAUAAUACACUAUAUAAAUCCAAUUACAUUACGUAAUAAUUUAAUUUCAAAAGAUAUAGUUUUAAUGGUACUGUACACUUUUUCCCCAUAGAUAGUUAAUAUUUGUCCUCAUAUCCCUUUCAAUUUUACUUCUGCCUUUUCAAAAAUACACUGAUAUACAUGUUCAUCAAAAUAUAAACAAUUGUAUAAACAGAAUCAAACUGUUAAAACCAUCUUUCUUGCAAAAAAGAACUCACCAGAUUAUGGAUAAUGACAGCUGUAAAUAAAACAUAGAAAAUGGUGGAUAUUAAUUAUCAAAGAAGAAAUUUCAAAAAAUAUGUUAUACUAGUUACAAUUAUUAAUAUUGCAAACUUCAACAUGAGUUAUUUUAUUUCUAUAUCAAGUUAAAAUUUGAUCCAAAUUGAAGUGAAUGAAUACUGUUUAUCAUUA